AUGAAUAAAGUUAAGGAACAUAUUGAAAAUAAUUUUAAUUAUUAGGAUAUGAUAGAAGAGGAAGUUGAAAUGAAUGAAUAAUACUUGUAUGAAGACAUGAGCUUUACUCAAAAACCAAUUGAAAACAAAAACUUUACUUUGAGCAAUAUUCUUAAUUAAUUAAAUAUAGAUGAUCACAAUAACUUGUAAAUUGAAGAAUGCCAUUAUUGA